GUAUCUUUCAAUCGGCUAUGGUAGAUUUGCCGCCGCAGAUGGAGACAGCUAUCCUGCAAAGACCCAGACUGCCAGAAGUGCCUGCACGGGCAUCUCAAUUGAGCUCGUGACUCUACGCUGUGGAAUCCCACGCUGAUACCCUCUGCACCUCAUUUGCUGCCCUCCAGACAAUGGCUCUCAAACGCAUCAACAAGGAGCUCGUGGACCUCGGUCGCGACCCUCCCUCUUCUUGCAGCGCAGGCCCUACGGGCGACAACAUGUUCCAGUGGCAAGCAACUAUCAUGGGACCGGGUGACUCUCCAUACUCUGGCGGAGUCUUCUUCUUGAGCAUAACUUUCCCCACCGACUACCCUUUCAAGCCUCCCAAGGUUUCUUUCUCUACCAAGAUCUACCACCCAAACAUCAACUCCAACGGUUCCAUCUGUCUCGACAUUUUGCGUGACCAGUGGAGCCCAGCUUUGACGAUUUCCAAGGUCCUGUUGUCCAUCUGCUCUAUGCUCACUGACCCGAAUCCCGACGACCCGUUGGUGCCAGAGAUCGCGCACUUGUACAAGACGGACAGACCUCGUUACGAGAGCACGGCAAGGGAGUGGACUCGAAAGUGAGUGGUUGAGAGGAUUUUGUGGUCAAGGUGACCGGCGGCGUUUCUCGUGCUCAUUAUGCGCACCUUUGUGACACAGGUACGCCAUGUGAUUUGCUCUUGGCUUCGCGACCGCUCAUGCCACCGUCACAGUGCGCUGCAGACGAGCGGCAGACAGCUGCUACAUAGAACACAGCACUCAGCGCAGUUCCCGACCUCCCGUCGUAU